UGUUGUUGCAGCUCUUCUCAGAUUCUCAGAUUCUCAGCAUGACACUUGUCCCUCUCAUGGACAAAACUCUUCUCCUACUUCAAGUUUCUCCACCUUCCUCUUCUGCCUUUAAGGACCCUUAUGAUUACCUUGGACCUACCAAAAUAAUCCAGAAUCAUAUUCUAUUUUUAAGAUCAGCUAAUGGGUAACCUUAGUUAUGUCUGCAAAAACCCUUUCACCAUGUAGUGUAACUAUUCAUAGGUGAGAUUAUCAUAUUUACAGGUUCUGGAGAUUUGGGCACAGAAUCUUGGAGGGGGCCAUUUUCAGAAUUCUGUCCCCCAUAACAGAUCGACUUGCAAUGUCCCAGAAUCUCACAGAGUCUAGCUCAGGAGAGGCCCAGAGCAGGGUGAGGCAGUUGUCUGUUCCUGUCUGCGUUGUAGUAGAAGGUGCCAAGGCCGAGAUGGGGUCCGCUCCCCAAUCCCACCCACAGCGGGCGGGCCUGGAGUAGGGGUAGCUCGCCUGCGCCUCCUGGCGGCUAGGGACCGAGACCUACUUCAGCUCUCACCCGUGUCACAGGAAUAAGGCCACUUCCCCAGUUCGCAGUGGGGUUUAAACUGGCCAGAACAGGUUGGUGACUUGGGCCGGGAACUGCCUUCCCAUUCUCCAUCACAGGGCGCCUGCGGAUUGAUCGCGCAGGCCUCGCCACACCCCUGAUCUCCUGGGCGACGCCGGAAGAGUGCUCUAGUCCAGAAAUUCCUCGCAACGAGGCAGCCCUAGCCUCUUCGACUUUGGUUCCGACUGAGAGCCGCAGUGCGGACUGACGGUAGCCGAUUGCCAUAAAAAUACCGGAAAUGUGCUUCGGGUAGGGUUUCCCCUGCGCCGCCGCGACCACGGGCUUUGGUUCCGCCGGCGUAGGGGCCCGGAAGUGCGGCCUUCUAGUCCGUGAGAAGGAGGCGGCCACAGUAGAGCCUGGUGCCUGAAGAGGAGUCGGAGAUGGCGGCUGCAGAGGCUGUGCACCACAUACACCUGCAGAACUUCUCACGUUCUCUGCUUGAGACCCUCAAUGGGCAGAGGCUUGGGGGGCACUUCUGCGACGUGACUGUGCGCAUUCGUGAAGCUUCGCUGCGAGCCCACCGCUGCGUGCUGGCGGCCGGCUCGCCCUUCUUCCAAGACAAGCUGCUGCUCGGCCACUCUGAGAUCCGUGUGCCUCCGGUGGUGCCCGCACAGACGGUGCGACAGCUGGUCGAGUUCCUGUACAGCGGUUCGCUUGUUGUGGCACAGGGCGAAGCCCUGCAGGUGCUCACGGCCGCGUCGGUGCUUCGCAUACAGACAGUUAUCGACGAAUGCACGCAGAUUAUCGCCCGCGCACGAGCCCCGGGCACCUCUGCGCCUACGCCCCUGCCCACCCCUGUGCCCCCGCCACUCGCGCCUGCGCAGCUGCGUCACCGCCUGCGCCACCUGCUGGCUGCGCGCCCCCCGGGGCACCCUGGUGCUGCGCACAGCCGUAAGCAGCGCCAGCCCGCGCGUUUGCAGCUGCCUGCGCCCCCAACACCUGCCAAGGCCGAGGGGCCUGAUGCUGACCCCUCACUGUCCGCGGCCCCUGACGACCGCGGUGAUGAGGAUGACGAGGAAACUGACGAUGAGACUGAUGGCGAGGACGGCGAAGGUGGCGGCCCGGGCGAGGGACAGGCACCUCCUUCCUUCCCAGACUGUGCUGCCGGCUUCCUCACUGCUGCUGCUGACAGCGCCUGCGAGGAGCCCCCUGCACCCACUGGCCUCGCUGACUACAGUGGUGCCGGGCGGGAUUUUCUUCGGGGAGCUGGGGCAGCUGAGGACGUAUUUCCAGACAGCUAUGUAUCCACUUGGCACGACGAGGAUGGCGCUGUCCCCGAAGGCUGUCCCACUGAGACCCCUGUCCAGCCCGACUGCAUACUGGCUGGACCCCGCCCGCCUGGUGUGAAGACCCCAGGGCCACCCGUCGCACUCUUCCCCUUUCACUUGGGUGCCCCCGGGCCACCUGCACCACCCCCUUCAGCACCAUCGGGGCCAGCCCCUGCCCCCCCACCCGCCUUCUACCCCACACUCCAGCCCGAGGCAGCCCCCAGCACUCAGCUGGGGGAGGCCCCGGCUCCCUCUGCUGCUCCCACCACGGCCCCCUCAGGCACCCCUGCUCGCACCCCAGGUGCUGAGCCACCUACCUAUGAGUGCAGCCACUGUCGCAAGACCUUCAGCUCCCGGAAAAACUACACCAAGCACAUGUUCAUCCACUCGGGGGAGAAGCCGCACCAGUGCGCCGUGUGCUGGCGAUCCUUCUCGCUGCGCGACUACCUGCUCAAGCACAUGGUCACGCACACAGGCGUGCGCGCCUUCCAGUGCGCCGUCUGCGCCAAGCGCUUCACGCAGAAGAGCUCGCUCAACGUGCACAUGCGCACUCACCGGCCCGAGCGCGCGCCCUGCCCCGCCUGCGGCAAGGUCUUCUCGCACCGCGCGCUGCUGGAGCGCCACCUGGCCGCGCACCCUGCGCCCUGAUGGGGCUGGGGCCUGGCCUCGCCCACGGUGAAUCCGGGGCCUCCCGCACGGUCGGCCACGCCCGCUACGGGACCUGUGGUUCCCGCCACUAGACCACACUCCCUCCUGAGCGCAGGUCCUCUCUCUCCCUUCACCCUUUCUCCAUACCAGGGCCUAAGUCCGCCUUACUCCUCUCCUCCAUGUACUUGAACCCUCCAGGUGGUGCCGAGCUGGGGCUGGUUAGGGACCAGACCACCUCUGAGAACUAGACCAUUUCCUGCCUAAACCGGGCGCUCAGGCGCUGGGACCCGGCCCAAGAUAGGACUCGGGUUCUCGCCCCGCCCUCUCCUGGGGUGGGGGUGGGGGCUGGAGCCGCUCCCCUGCCCCGGUGUGAGGCUUGGCAAGGUCCCUAGCUCCCUACCCAAGCUAUCCCUCCCUCAUGGGGCGCCUAAGGAGGCUCAAGUGGACCCAUCAUAUAUGGGGCCUGGGCCUCGGGACUCUCACUCUAAUAAAGGACUGUAGGCCUUGGGGCGUAAACCACGAGGCUGUGAGCACCUGGA